AUGUCAGUGAUCACAACGCCGAAGAAAAGUAGGCCACGUUCGAUUGCUGGAACUCCUCAAUCCGCUCAACCCACUCCGCGACGCGUCACUUCUGCCCCACUUCAGCCAUUUCCGCGCGAAGAACUUGAACCGCCUGACAUAUUUUGGGAUGAACCCGCUGGAAGCGAUGAUGGCGAGUUUAACGAGGCGCUGGACGUAGUCGCUAAACUCCACGCGAAGAAAGCACUUUCCCUUAAACGCGUGCUGGAACGGGCCCAUGCUUCAAAUCACGCCCAGCUACACGCCCUCCAGGCAGAAAUCCAGCUUCUUCGCGCCACUCAGCCUGCUCCAGUAAUGUCGUCUGAAGAGUGUGUUUGCAAAAAGGGCACCUAUUGGAGUGCUUAUGCACUCCCCGAUGACGAUGAAACAAGCACUGUGGCCGGUUUCUCUCCCUACACUAUCCGACGCCUCGGUCGGGCUGAACGCAGUCUUCUCCUCCGCACUAUUUUGGAUGCUUCCCUCCCAGGCGAUCUUCCCCUCCAAAUCCUCACUCUACAAAAGUACGCCAAACGUUCGCAUGAUAUCGUCGGUUCCCUUGCGCCCUCUGUGGCUUUGCAUGUCCUUCGUUUAAUUCCCGUCCCUCAUCUACUAUUGCGCUGCGCGGUCGUAAACCGUCGCUGGUCAGUCCUUACUCGACUCCCUGAGCUAUGGCGUUACCAUUGUCUACGUAUUACAAAGGGCGAUCCUCACCCGCCUACCCCUCCCGCAAAACCCGAAGGCUGGCUCCCUCUGUAUCGUGCCCUGGCUCGCCGUGAAGGCAACUUCCAGAGUGGAACACCGCAAGCUUUGCGUUUUUUGACACCUUGCCACACAAAUUUCGUCACGGUUCUCAUGCUCCGUGCGCGACGUCUAAUUAGUGGCUCCUAUGAUGGGACCAUCCGCUUCUACAACGUUGAUUCUGGCGAAAUGAUACGCUGUUUGGAAGUGGGAAAGCCGGUUAGUUGUGUUGACUAUCUUGCGGGUGAAGAGGUCUUCGUCGUUGGUUUCCAUGAUGUCGGACGAGUGCACCUCUUCUCGGCUAUUACCUACACGCCUCUGCAGCAACUUGCUGGACAUCUGAAUGGCAUUCGUGCUGUUGCAUUGAGCUCCAAGAAUCUAGUCAGUGCUGGAGCCGACAAGGAAAUAUGCUGGGAUUGGCGAACGGGGACCAAAAUAGUACGUUUUGGGCAACAGACUACCGUCAAUGUUGGCGUCCAAUUGGUUCAAGGCACGGACUUGUCCGAAGGCGAGCGCGUUGUGAGCAUCACUAUCGACGGCGUCGUCCGCGUUUUUUCCAUCAAACGACGAGAAAUGAUAUCUCAGUUCAAGUUGUCUGAACUGGGAGGCAACGAUCCUGUGCUUUCAACGAAGCUUUGGAACGUUGGCAAGGCUCCAGAUAACAUGCUUCAAUGGUUUGCUGCUAAAGGAACUCAGAUGACGUGUGCUACCAAGUCUGUCAUAAUGCAUCUGCAAUGGCAGGAGGGGGAUGAAAAGCCUGUUGAGAAUGGCACAGAUACCUUGGAUCUUUCCGACCUCGCCCUAACAUCACCAAUUCAGCCACCUGCUACCCGAGCCAGAACUCGAACAACCUCUACCCGUGGAUCGACUGUUUCGCGUGGUGGAGCACCCGCUACUUCUCCGCGAGGAUCUGUCGGUGUGGCAUCCCCUCGGUCUACUGGUCCGCCUUCAUCUCGAGGCGGUGCUUCUGUAACUUCUCCUCGUCCCUCUUUACUUCCCCAAAGCCCCACUCAUCGUAAACGCCUCAGCUCAAGCGCUAGUACGACAGAGGUUAACAAUGAACUUUCAACGGGCUCUAUAAUGACAACAUCCACCACUUCUUCCUCAUUUACAACUGCAACCCGGGCCCGGGCUACACCAACACCAUCAACUCGGGGUGCUACGCCUCAGCGUCGAACAUCUUUGCAACCCCCUCCAACUGCAAGUGAACGUAGGCUGAGCACAAGCAUGUCUAUUGCAUCCUCUUCGCGUCUCUCCGCAAGCACGGGUGGCCUCCCUUCGCCGCGGCCAAGCUUAAGUAUGAGCACGUCAACGAAAGAGAAGGCUCGAUUGAGCCUGAGCACUGCUGGAAGUGACACACCCACCACGCCAAGCACUCGAACGGGAACGCCCGUUUCUGCCUCGAGAACGAGAACCCCCGCAACAUCUAUCUCAGGAAUAGCGCCGAGCACAGGAACUGACACACUAUUUUCGGUUCGUUUUGGGCGAGCGGCGAUCUUAACUUCACCACCAAAAGUCGUUGGAUUAGUAGAGACUCCUGAUGUUGCUGUUGGUGCUGUAGAUGCGCGGAAAAGACGUGUUGUUACCGCUACUAGAUUCAGCUCUCGGGCAGGGGCAGACAGAAGGAUAUUUGUAUCGACCCAUGAAGACAAAGAGGGUGAAGCGGUUAAGACGAGCGAGUUGCGCGCCGGAACGCCGGUUGACAUCGAUUUGGCCGCAACACCGCUGAACGGCGUUUGGAGUGCCGUUGCAAGUCCGCCGUAUAGCGAUACCCGAGGCGUCAAAGGGACAUUUCCUCCGCCGAAGUUUGCUGGCCUUGCCACACCCGAGAAGAACCCAAUGUCCAUGGCACUAUCGCAUGAAGAAGUCGUGGUUGGUUGUGCGGAUGGAAGCAUUUAUAUCAUGAACUUUUCUGGCUACGAAUAUGAUAAGACGGGUAGUGUUGGGGACGGUGAAGGGCCUGGAGGGCUUGGCUAUCGAGAGAUGGAGGAUGUUGGGGGGGUCGAUGAAGAGACUGGAUUUGAUGAAGCCAUCUUAGGACGCAUUUAG